AUGACAGAUAGCCAGCCAGGUGCGCCCCUGCCCUUCAUCUGGAUGGGCAGCGUCCCAGCCCGAGGACAGCCAGCCCAGACUGCCGAUCAGCCUCAACGCUGCUUCCCCGAUUUCCCGGCGAGGGUCAAGUUCAGCAGCUGCCUGGGGACCAAGGGGACACACUAUGAGACCGACAGCGUGGACUUCAAAGUCGGGGCUGACGGGACGGUCUUCGCCACCCGGGAGCUGCAGAUCCCCUCCGAGCAGGUGGCCUUCACCGUGACGGCGUGGGACCGCCAGACGGCCGAGCGCUGGGACGCCGCGGUACGGCUGCUGGUGGCCCAGACCUCACCCGCGUGCUCCGGACACAAGCCCCAGAAAGGAAAGAAGAGUGCAUCCCUGGACUCUGUCCAGCCGCCAAAUGACACACUGUUGCCGUGGCCACAGCAUCAGAGCUCCAAUGGGCUGAGGCGGCAGAAACGGGACUGGGUCAUCCCGCCCAUCAACGUGCCAGAAAACUCCCGCGGGCCCUUCCCACAGCAGCUGGUGAGGAUCCGGUCUGACAAAGACAGCGACAUCCCUAUCCGCUACAGCAUCACGGGCGUGGGCGCCGACCAGCCCCCGGUGGAGGUCUUCAGCAUCGACUCCAUGUCUGGCCGGAUGUAUGUCACACGGCCCAUGGACCGGGAGGAGCGAGCCUCCUACCACCUCCGAGCCCACGCCGUGGACAUGAAUGGUAACAAGGUGGAGAACCCCAUCGACCUGUACAUCUACGUAAUUGACAUGAACGACAACCGCCCCGAGUUCCUCAGCCAGCUGUACAACGGCUCUGUGGAUGAAGGUUCCAAGCCAGGCACCUACGUGAUGACGGUCACGGCCAGCGACGCUGACGAUGGCACCACGGCCAAUGGGAUGGUGCGCUACCGGAUCGUGACCCAGACCCCGCAGAGCCCCUCCCAGAACAUGUUCACCAUCAACAGCGAGACAGGGGACAUCGUGACGGUGGCGGCCGGCCUGGACCGAGAGAAAGUUCAGCAGUACACAGUGAUUGUUCAGGCGACAGACAUGGAAGGAAACCUGAACUAUGGCCUCUCCAACACGGCCACAGCCAUCAUCACGGUGACGGACGUGAACGACAACCCGCCAGAGUUCACUGCCAGCACGUACGCAGGGGAAGUCCCCGAAAACCGGGUGGAGAUGGUGGUCGCAAACCUCACUGUGAUGGACCGAGAUCAGCCCCACUCCCCGAACUGGAACGCUGUCUACCGCAUCAUCAGCGGGGAUCCCUCGGGCCACUUCAGCGUCCGCACGGACCCCGUCACCAACGAGGGCAUGGUCACCGUGGUGAAGGCGGUCGACUAUGAGCUGAACAGAGCGUUCAUGCUGACCGUGAUGGUGUCCAACCAGGCGCCCCUGGCCAGCGGGAUCCAGAUGUCCUUCCAGUCCACGGCGGGGGUGACCAUCCCAGUCAUGGACAUCAACGAGGCCCCUUACUUCCCCUCGAACCACAAGCUGAUCCGCCUGGAAGAGGGCGUGCCCACCGGCACCGUGCUAACCACGUUUUCGGCAGUGGACCCUGACCGGUUCAUGCAGCAGGCCGUGAGAUACUCAAAGCUGUCGGACCCAGCGAACUGGCUGCACAUUAAUGCCACCAACGGCCAGAUCAGCACGGCGGCCAUCCUCGACCGCGAGUCUCUCUACAUCAAAAACAACGUCUAUGAGGCCACCUUCCUGGCAGCUGACAACGGGAUCCCUCCGGCCAGCGGCACCGGGACCCUCCAGAUCUAUCUCAUCGACAUCAAUGACAACGCCCCCGAGCUGCUGCCCAAGGAGGCGCAGAUCUGCGAGAAGCCCAGCCUGAACACCAUCAACAUCACGGCGGCUGACGCGGACGUCGACCCCAACAUCGGCCCCUACGUCUUCGAGCUGCCCUUCGUUCCAGCAAGCGUGCGCAAGAACUGGACCAUCACCCGCCUCAAUGGUGACUACGCCCAGCUCAGCCUGCGCAUCCUGUACCUGGAGGCCGGAGUGUACGACGUCCCCAUCGUCGUCACGGACUCGGGGAACCCGCCCCUGUCCAAUACGUCCAUCAUCAAAGUCAAGGUGUGCCCGUGCGACGAGAAUGGCGACUGCACCACCAUGGGCGCAGUGGCAGCAGCCGGGCUGGGCACGGGCGCCAUUGUGGCCAUCCUCAUCUGCAUCAUCGUCCUGCUCACCAUGGUCCUGCUGUUCGUCGUGUGGAUGAGGCGGCGGGAGAAGGAGCGCCACACAAAGCAGCUGCUCAUCGACCCCGAGGACGACGUACGCGACAACAUCCUCAAGUACGAUGAGGAAGGGGGCGGCGAGGAGGACCAGGACUACGACCUCAGCCAGCUGCAGCAGCCAGAGGCCAUGGAGCAUGUGCUGAGCAAGGCCCCCGGGGUGCGGCGGGUGGACGAGCGGCCGGUGGGCGCCGAGCCCCAGUACCCGGCCAGGCCGGUGGUGCCCCACCCAGGAGACAUCGGGGACUUCAUCAGCGAGGGACUCCGCGCAGCCGACAAUGACCCCACGGCGCCGCCCUAUGACUCACUGCUGGUCUUCGACUACGAGGGCAGCGGGUCCACCGCGGGCUCCGUCAGCUCCCUGGACUCAUCCAGCUCCGGGGACCAGGACUACGAAUACCUGAACGACUGGGGGCCCAGGUUCAGGAAGCUGGCGGACAUGUACGGAGGCGGCCAGGAGGACUAA